CCAACUCGUCAGAGACCCAUCGCUCGAACCAUCUUGCGGCGGAAGAAAGGAAGCAAAGCUGUGAGACACCAAACCACAGGGAGGCGAAUCGCCCGGAGUCCGGAGACCCCGGAACCAGCCACGGCCAUGUGGCGGCGGGCGGCGACGGCGGCGCUGGCCCUGGGCGCGGGCGCCGGCGGGGCCGCCAUCGCCUACUCCGACGACCCCUCCGCCACCCUCAAGAUCUGCGCGCACCUGCCCCCGCGCCUCCUCCGCGACGCCGCCACCGCCGCCACCAUCGCCUUCGACUACCAGUACUCCCUCUGGGGCCUCGACCCGGGCACCCCGGCCUGGGUCAGCGCCAAGCACGACGCCCACCUCCGCUCCGCAAACCGCCUCCAGGAGCUCUGCUUCCGCAACGGCGGCAUCUACAUCAAGCUCGGCCAGCACAUCGCCCAGCUGGAGUAUGUUGUGCCGGAGGAGUACGUGCAGACGAUGAGGGCGUCGAUGCUGAAGAGAUGCCCGGUGUCAUCAUACGAGCAAGUUUGCCGAGUGUUUGGGAAAGAUAUGGGAGAAUCACCGGAAACUGUUUUUGUAGAAUUCGAUCCUGUUCCACUUGCAAGUGCUUCUCUCGCUCAAGUUCAUGCGGCAAGAACACAUGAUGGGCAAAAAGUUGCAGUGAAGGUUCAACAUGAUCACUUGACAGAUACUUCUGUUAUAGAUAUUGCCACCGUGGGUUUGAUAGUGAACACUCUUCAUUAUAUUUUCCCUUCGUUUGACUACAGGUGGUUAGUCGAUGAAAUCCGUGAAAGUGCACCUAAGGAAUUAGAUUUCUUGAAUGAAGCUAAAAACAGUGAAAAAUGCGUGCAAAACUUUAGAAGAUUGUCUCCGCACAUUGCAGGGAGUAUUUAUGUCCCCAAGGUCUAUUGGACUCUAAGCUCAUCUAGAAUUCUCACAAUGGAGUUUAUGGAUGCCAAGGAGGUAACUGAUGUUAAAGGAAUUAAAGAACUUGGGAUUCGCCCAGUCGAUGUUUCAAAUCUAGUCAGUAAAGCAUUUUCUGAGAUGAUUUUCAAGCAUGGUUUUGUUCAUUGCGACCCUCAUGCUGCAAACAUGAUGAUCCGACCCUUGCCACAAGAUAGCAAAAAAACUUUUGGAUGGAGAAGGCCACAAUUGAUUCUUCUUGAUCAUGGUCUUUACAAAGAACUUGAUUAUGCCACUAGGAUAAGCUAUGCUUCUCUUUGGAAGGCACUUGUUUUUGCUGAUGAAAAAUCAAUUAAAGAGAACAGUGUCAAACUAGGUGCUGGGGAGGAUCUUCAUGCACUUUUUGCUGGUGUUCUCACAAUGAGGCCAUGGAAAAGUGUGAUUGACCCGGCUGUCGAUCAUCUUGUUCUAGAUGGCAGUAGUAAUGAUCGUUCUGAACUUCAGAUGUAUGCUUCCUUAUAUUUUCCACAAAUCUCAGAGCUUCUAAGGAGACUGCCAAGGGUCAUCUUGUUGAUGCUUAAAACAAAUGAUUGUUUACGUUCCGUCAAUCAUGCCCUGGUUGGAGGUUCUUCAAUGGAAUCAUUUGUAAUCAUUGGACGAAUCUCUUCUGAGGCUGUUUUGGAAGCUAAAAGGAUGAGUAGUAGAUCAAUUCUGAAUAAACUAAUGAUAUGGCUAGAGGAAAUUUUACUGGAAGCUCGAUUCUUUAGUUUGAAGUUGCUGUUGUGUUUUAUGCAGCUUAAGAAGUUAUUGGCCUGUUAAGCAGCAGAUCAGCAUACCAACUAUUCUUGGACUAGUGUAAAAUAUUAGAAGCUGUCAUUUUAGUUUUUCUUUUUGAGAGAGAAAAGUGGCAUUUAGUUGAAAAAUUCUUUUUCUCUUUUUGGUAUACACCAUUCUUUUUGGUUAACCAUUUUGCUACCAGGCUUUUCAUUUUGAUUAGCCACUUCCAAACAGAAGAUGAUGCCACUAUGACAUCGUAUGUUUAUUCUAAUAGAUGGAUAGAAUUGUAGAAAAUCCCAUCACUGCACAGUGUAUAUAUAUAACUCUAGUUCCAUGGAUCCAGCAAAUGUUGGCCCGAUGAAUAUGCUGUGCCAAUUGCGUUAUACAAGAUGUAAGAGUAAAAUUGCUACUGGAAAGAGAGUCACUCUGACAUUUGCCAGAGCAAAUUUCGUUUGGUCAAA